AUGGUCUUAAGCCCGGUAACAGAGAAGUUCGCUACAGAAUGGGAGAUCAGCAGCCUGCUCACGCGGGAAAGGUACUACAGGGACACGAACCAAUGGCAGAAGCUCCGCGAGUGCUUCCACCCAGACGCUUCCAGGACGAGUAUCAAGAUCACCUGGUUUAACGGCAACAUCGGCGGUUUUGUGACUGGGUCCAAAAAGAUGGCCGAGCAGGGCUCGCGCAGCAAUCAUGCCAUCUGCCCGGUCGAAAUCCAUGUCAUUGGCGACAAGGCCGUCUCAGAAUCUACGGGAUCUAUUAUGGCGCGUUUUCGCCACAAUGAUAUCGACUACGACUGCACUUCCUACGCCCGCUUUGUGUCACGCCUUGAACGAGUUGAUGGUGAAUGGAGGAUGCUUACCUUGGAGGCCAUUUACGAGAGAGAUUCCAUUCAACCCGCCUUUCCUGGCACUUCUGCCGCGUCGUUUCACAUUCGUGGCGGCAGAGAGAGCUAUAAGUGUCUAGGAUGGCUCUUGUUGCAGAAGGGCUUUAGUGUUGACCAAGAUCUGCCUGGAACAGACAUUCCUGAGUCGGUCGAGGGGUUCAUGAAGGAUCAUAGACAUUGGCUGCAACAGUGA